AUGCGUCCCCUGGAGGAGGACUACGUGAACCAUGCGAAUGGUAACUUUGCCAUUACGAUGAACGAAUAUAACUGUGGCAGUGAGGGGGGAGCUACCACGCAGAGUAGGGAGGAAGCGUACAGCUCAGGUCUACCCCCCACUGCUGGACGAAGGAUUGAUGAAGCGGACAUCCCAUUUGAUGGGACCCAUACAGAGGGAAGGAGCGCCAACUCGCAGCACCCCUGCUACUGUGAACAAGGGAACCUCCGCAAGGGACAAAAAAGAAAGUGGACUCAGGUACCUCCGGGGUGGGUCCCCACAGAAGAGGAGGCCUCCACCAGCGACAGUGACUGCGUCAAGGGGGGGCAGCAGGAGGAGCACGAGGAAGAAGAAGGAGCAGAAGAAGAAACCCACGCAGAAACCGACGCAGAAGCCGGCGCAGAAGAACCCCUGAGCCAAUUCACCCACGCCAAAAGGCAAAGGCGCAAAUCGUACGACGAAAUAAACUGCAACAUAUUGAAAGAGGCAGCUGAGUAUUUUAAAAAUUGCAGAGAGGCAAGGACGGGAGCCGACUCGGAAGAUGAAGAAGAAGAAAAAGGCGGAGUAGACGGAGCAGACGAAGUGACGAAUGAUCUACAAGCGACCCCGGGGGAAAGGCCCCCAAGCGGACAGCUCUGCUGUGUCUGCCGGAUUAACCAACACAAAUACAAAUGCCCCUUCUGUGAAGCGCUCUCCUGUUCACUAACCUGUGCAAAGGAACACAAAAAAUUAAAAAAAUGUAAAAAUAAAUUAAAAAAAAAUCUGAAAGUAAAAAAAGUGGCAAAAAAAAACCUCGACGAAAGUAUGCUACACAGAGACUACAUAUUCCUUCAUGGAGUGGAAUCAAUUCUUCAUGGAAACUACCGAUUCUUGAGGAUAAAAGAAUGUGAAACGACCAACAUAUGGCUCAACAGUUAUAGCAAGUUAACUAGUAUGUUGAAAAAAAGAAAAAUUUUUUUACUCAAGGCACCUCUGUACACCAAGCUGCAUCAAGGAAAUAAAACGACCAUUCGACAUGACAACAUUUUUUGGAUGGUAAAAGCUACCCUCGUGAAUGACAGCCUUUUUGUGACUCACCAGGAGGUCAGUGAAGACACGCCCCUUUUACAGCUCCUCAAUUUGUCUCUAGAAAAAGUGGAGAAAAGGAGAAAACCUCUCCGAGUUAACUACCUCGAUAAUUUGAAUUCCAUACGUGUAUCGCUCAACAGUGUUGAGCUGAACAAGGGGACCAAAAAGGGGGACUCCUUUUUUUCUGUUCCCCUCACACUUAGUGAAGUCCUUCGUGGUAAGGCAUUUUAUGAGUACCCCCACCUCAGCUUUGAAAUUGUUUUCCGGGAGGGGGUGCCCGUCGAGAAUCCCGCCUACGAGGCGGCCAGGCGCCGCCAACAGGGGGGGGCCCCUAAAGAGGGGCAGGCCAACCAGGGCAGUAACGAAGUGGGAGAGGAGGAGGGGCAGGCAAACCAGGGCAGUAACGAAGUGGGAGAGGAGGAAGAGCAGGCCAACCUGGGCAGUAAAGACCUAGCUGAGGAGGAGGGGCAGACAAAUGAGGACAAUAACGAAGUGGGGGAGCAGGGGCAGAGUAACCUUAUAGUUCAGGAGGACGUCCCCAGCCAAGCGGAUACUCCCACCGCCCCCACAUGUGAUACACAGACAAAGGGGAAAACACACGUGGAGGAACAAACCAACCCACCUCCGCAGGGUUGA